UUGACAGUUGACAGUGUCACCAUGAAGCUAAUACUUGUUAUGUUGGCGGUCAGCCCAGUGCUUGCGCAGGAUGAUUCGUUCGCGAGCUCGUUUCUUUCCGGUCUGUUAGACACACUGGACACACAAGUUGACGCCAAGAACUGCCCCGGCGUGUGCAUGCACGCCAUCGCGUCGCUCAUCUGCUCCAACGUGCUCGACGAGGUCGAGUGCCCCAAUCCCUCCAUGAAGUGCUGCGUUGACGAGCCGCUAGGUCAGUACCUCUUGUUUAUGGUCUCUUGGACCCAUGUACCUCUUGUUCAUGGUCUCUUGGACCCAUGGUCUCUGGACACACUGAACAAGAACUGCCCCGGCGUGUGCAUGCACGCCAUCGCGUCGCUCAUCUGCUCCAACGUGCUCGACGAGGUCGAGUGCCCCAAUCCCUCCAUGAAGUGCUGCGUUGACGAGCCGCUAGGUAACGACACGCUGUCGACGACACGGCGGCCGUUCACGACGCGCUACACGACGCCAGACGACGAUGAGGAGGAGCCCACGACGCCCGCGCCAGACAGAUAUAAAGACAGUGUAAUCAUUGCAGGUAACAUCGCGUGCCCCGGCACGUGCGUGGAAAACCGUCUGACGCAAUACUGCGAAGCGUACCUAACGUCACGGGAUCUCUGCGUGUCCGGACGGUUGUGCUGCGUGGCCAAAGAUGGGUACGGGGACCGGCGGCCGUCGGACCUUGUGGUUCCUAGUGAGAAUAAGAAGCACACUAAUAGACCUAGCAAUGCUCUGACCACAACAACAGCCCCCUCAAAAUACAAGGGCCCCACCCGCAAAUGCCGCGGCGACUGCAUCAGCGGACUCUUCGCUCUGCUCUGCGACCACGUGGACGAGGACGCCUACUGCCCCGGAGAGGGGACAUGCUGCGCCACUGAUUCUAAGGGAGAGCAGACUACGACUAGACGUCCGCCUACUACGCCAAGACCUACUACACCGGCGCCGCUGCCUCGCUGCCCGGGCUACUGCCUCCUAAACAUCAUGGCGGCGUUCUGCGAGCGGCCCGCCGUGCUAGUUUCCCACACGCAGUGCAAAACUAGCGGCUCCGUGUGCUGUGAUAAUAUACCUCCGCGCACGACGCAGCGUCCGACGACCACGACCCCGAGCACGACGCCGGCGCCGGCCGACCCGCGCCCGGACUGCCCGGGCUCUUGCAUCGUGUCUCUGCUCUCUUUUACGUGCUUCCGCAACGCAGAAAUGACGGACGUGUUUAAAUGCAAGAAGGCUGGCACGCAAUGCUGCGCGCCCAAGUCUAAAGUGCUGGAGGUGACCGGUGUGCAGAGGAACGACACCUAUCCCCUCGCCACCCCACAGUACGAGCCCUACACCACCACGCCGCAUCCCACGCCCAUGAUCCUGCAAGUGACCGGUGUGAAGAGGAACGACACCUAUCCCCUCGCCACCCCACAGUACGAGCCCUACACCACCACGCCGCAUCCCACGCCCAUGAUCCUGCAAGUGACCGGUGUGCAGAGGAACGACACCUAUCCCCUCGCCACCCCACAGUACGAGCCCUACACCACCACGCCGCAUCCCACGCCCAUGAUCCUGCAAGUGACCGGUGUGAAGAGGAACGACACCUAUCCCCUCGCCACCCCACAGUACGAGCCCUACACCACCACGCCGCAUCCCACGCCCAUGAUCCUGCAAGUGACCGGUGUGCAGAGGAACGACACCUAUCCCCUCGCCACCCCACAGUACGAGCCCUACACCACCACGCCGCAUCCCACGCCCAUGAUCCUGCAAGUGACCGGUGUGAAGAGGAACGACACCUAUCCCCUCGCCACCCCACAGUACGAGCCCUACACCACCACGCCGCAUCCCACGCCCAUGAUCCUGCAAGUGACCGGUGUGCAGAGGAACGACACCUAUCCCCUCGCCACCCCACAGUACGAGCCCUACACCACCACGCCGCAUCCCACGCCCAUGAUCCUGCAAGUGACCGGUGUGAAGAGGAACGACACCUAUCCCCUCGCCACCCCACAGUACGAGCCCUACACCACCACGCCGCAUCCCACGCCCAUGAUCCUGCAAGUGACCGGUGUGCAGAGGAACGACACCUAUCCCCUCGCCACCCCACAGUACGAGCCCUACACCACCACGCCGCAUCCCACGCCCAUGAUCCUGCAAGUGACCGGUGUGAAGAGGAACGACACCUAUCCCCUCGCCACCCCACAGUACGAGCCCUACACCACCACGCCGCAUCCCACGCCCAUGAUCCUGCAAGUGACCGGUGUGCAGAGGAACGACACCUAUCCCCUCGCCACCCCACAGUACGAGCCCUACACCACCACGCCGCAUCCCACGCCCAUGACCUGCUGGUUCCAUCCAGUCCUGCAAGUGACCGGUGUGCAGAGGAACGACACCUAUCCCCUCGCCACCCCACAGUACGAGCCCUACACCACCACGCCGCAUCCCACGCCCAUGAUCCUGCAAGUGACCGGUGUGAAGAGGAACGACACCUAUCCCCUCGCCACCCCACAGUACGAGCCCUACACCACCACGCCGCAUCCCACGCCCAUGAUCCUGCAAGUGACCGGUGUGCAGAGGAACGACACCUAUCCCCUCGCCACCCCACAGUACGAGCCCUACACCACCACGCCGCAUCCCACGCCCAUGACCUGCUGGUUCCAUCCAGUCCUGCAAGUGACCGGUGUGCAGAGGAACGACACCUAUCCCCUCGCCACCCCACAGUACGAGCCCUACACCACCACGCCGCAUCCCACGCCCAUGAUCCUGCAAGUGACCGGUGUGAAGAGGAACGACACCUAUCCCCUCGCCACCCCACAGUACGAGCCCUACACCACCACGCCGCAUCCCACGCCCAUGAUCCUGCAAGUGACCGGUGUGCAGAGGAACGACACCUAUCCCCUCGCCACCCCACAGUACGAGCCCUACACCACCACGCCGCAUCCCACACCCAUGACUGUCCCGUAUGAACCAGUCUACGGCUCGACGAUAAGAGUGCCGGAAAAAUACAACAAAUACGUCUGCGGAGUAAAAGGGAGUUCCUCCCGCAGCUCCCGCCGCCUCGGGCGAGUGAUGGGCGGCGAGGACGGCGAGCGCGGCGAGUGGUGCUGGCAGGUCGCGCUCAUCAACUCCCUCAACCAGUACCUGUGUGGGGCCGCCCUUAUCGGCACGCAGUGGGUGCUGACUGCGGCGCACUGUGUUACCAACAUCGUCCGCUCUGGAGACGCCAUCUACGUGCGAGUGGGAGACCACGACCUCACCCGCAAGUACGGGUCGCCCGGCGCUCAGACCCUCCGCGUGGCCACCACCUACAUCCACCACAACCACAACAGCCAGACGCUGGACAAUGAUAUAGCGCUGCUGAAGCUACACGGGAAAGCGGACCUCAAAGAAGGAGUGUGCCUGGUGUGCCUGCCGGCGCGGGGAGUGAGCCACGCGGCCGGCAAGCGCUGCACCGUCACCGGGUACGGGUACAUGGGCGAGACUGGUCCUAUCCCACUGCGAGUGCGAGAGGCCGAGCUGCCGAUAGUCAGCGACGCGGAGUGCAUCCGGAAAGUCAACGCCGUCACUGAAAAAAUCUUCAUCCUCCCUGCCAGCUCGUUCUGCGCGGGCGGUGAAGAAGGGAACGAUGCCUGUCAGGGCGACGGCGGCGGGCCGCUGGUGUGCCAGGACGACGGGUUCUACGAGCUGGCCGGGCUCGUGUCGUGGGGCUUCGGCUGCGGCCGCCAGGACGUGCCCGGCGUCUACGUCAAGGUGUCUUCGUUCAUCGGCUGGAUCAACCAGAUUAUCUCCGUCAACAACCUAUAGUAUUAGACGUUACUAGAACUCU